AUAAACGCUUGGCUGCAGCGGCGCCGGCAGAGGAGCCGCCGAGCCCAGCACAGCUGCCUUCUGGACCCUGCGGACUCCAGCCGAGGAGUCCCUUCCUGAGUUCCACAGCGGCAGCCCCCGGGCGGUCGGGCGGAGAGGUCCCUGGGGCGGUGCCAGGGCGCAAUCCUGGAGGGCGGCCGGGAGGAGGAGGGGCGCGCGGCCAUGCACACCGUGGCUACGUCCGGGCCCAACGCGUCGUGGGGGGCACCGGCCAACGCCUCGGACGGCCCAGUCCCUGCGCCGCGGGCCGUGGACGCCUGGCUCGUGCCGCUCUUCUUUGCGGCGCUGAUGCUGCUGGGCCUGGUGGGCAACUCGCUGGUCAUCUACGUCAUCUGCCGCCACAAGCCGAUGCGGACCGUGACCAACUUCUACAUCGCCAACCUGGCGGCCACGGACGUGACCUUCCUCCUGUGCUGCGUCCCCUUCACCGCCCUGCUGUACCCGCUGCCCGCCUGGGUGCUGGGCGACUUCAUGUGCAAGUUCGUCAACUACAUCCAGCAGGUCUCGGUGCAGGCCACGUGCGCCACUCUGACCGCCAUGAGCGUGGACCGCUGGUACGUGACGGUGUUCCCGUUGCGCGCCCUGCACCGCCGCACUCCCCGCCUGGCGCUGGCUGUCAGCCUCAGCAUCUGGGUAGGCUCUGCGGCGGUGUCUGCGCCGGUACUCGCCCUGCACCGCCUGUCACCGGGGCCGCGCGCCUACUGCAGUGAGGCCUUCCCCAGCCGCGCCCUGGAGCGCGCCUUCGCACUGUACAACCUGCUGGCGCUGUACCUGCUGCCGCUGCUCGCCACCUGCGCCUGCUAUGGGGCCAUGCUGCGCCACCUGGGCCGGGUCGCCGUGCGCCCCGCGCCCGCCGAUAGCUCCCUGCAGGGGCAGGUGCUGGCCGAGCGCUCGGGCGCCGUGCGGGCCAAGGUCUCGCGGCUGGUGGCGGCCGUGGUCCUGCUCUUCGCCGCCUGCUGGGGCCCCAUCCAGCUGUUCCUGGUGCUGCAGGCGCUGGGCCCCGCGGGCUCCUGGCACCCACGCAGCUACGCCGCCUACGCGCUUAAGACAUGGGCUCACUGCAUGUCCUACAGCAACUCCGCGCUGAACCCGCUGCUUUACGCCUUCCUGGGCUCGCACUUCCGACAGGCCUUCCGCCGCGUCUGCUGCGCGCCGCGCCGCCCCCGCCGGCCCGGACCCUCGGACCCCGCAGCCCCACACACGGAGCUGCACCGCCUGGGGUCCCACCCGGCCCCCGCCAGGGCGCAGAAGCCAGGGAGCAGUGGGCUGGCCGCGCGCCGGCUGUGCGUCCUGGGGGAGGACACUGCCCCUCUCUGAGCGGACCCGGUGGGAAUCCGAGCGGCUCCCUCGGGAGCGGGGACUGCUGGAAAAGCGGCUAUUCUUCUGUUAUUAAUAUUUUUCUUACUGUCCGAGAUCAACUGUGCAAAUAUUUUGGUCUCUUGUGACGUUC